AUGUUUCAGCUUCCUCCUGUAUAUGAGGGAAGUCAUGCGGACUUGUUGGACGACGAGAACCGCUUGUCUAUAAGAACUUUGUUUUUCGUAUCUGUGUUUUAUCGCCAUUGCUUGCUAUCCGUGAGUUAUCCUUUUUUUGAAGGACUGGUUGCUCGCAAAAUAGGAAUGAUGCCUCAGUGGACAACAUAUGGUGAACGAAUACUAUGCACUCUUUUGGAGAUUUGUCAAAAUCAUAUUGUCAGCGUUGUAUCACCAGAAGAUUGGUACCGUAAGAGCAUAAUCGGAAAACGGAAGGCGUUUAAUAGAGAAGGUCCGCUGUGGAAGGUCACCGUUGGAGCUGUUGACGGUGAUGCUAACAUCUACACUCAUCUCUAUCGCAAACAGUUUGCUAAGGCUUGCAUCCCUCCCAAGAAACAUUUGGGGUCUUUCUUGGUUUCUGAGGACGCUUUGCCUACAAUAGGAACGAAGUUGGAUGUUCGACACUUCAUUGUCGGGCAGUAUGUGACAGCUACAGGAAAGUCUAUUGAUUGGGGAUUCCAAGGUGGGAUGCACCGAUGGGGCAUGAGAGGCCAACCAGCUCUAAAUACCACCAAGUCACAUCGCCGGAUCGGUUCAAUUGGAUCGGUAGGUGAUGCACGCGUAUGGCCUGGAAAGCGUAUGCCUGGCCAUAUGGGAUAUGAAUGGGUCACAGUAAGCGGGCUUGAGGUCGUUAGGAUGAACGUCGACAACCAAGUUAUUUAUGUCAAAGGUAGUGUUCCUGGAGACAUAGGAAAUAUUUUGCUUCUAAAGGAUUGUUUGCAACCAGAAAAGAAGCUUAAGGUCGGGCCUAUGCCAACUUGGUUACCCUGUAUCAGUGAAGCUGAGAGAGAUACUGAGGCAAAUGAAGAAGCGACAAUGAACAAAUUGCGUGCGAACGAAAUUAUUUCCCACAAAUUGUUCGAUUUCACUUCUCCUACCCUUACGUUUUCCGAUGAGGAUGCGAAGAAAGCUAUAGGAAGAGAUAAAACGAAGGCAAAAAUUGCUAAAGUUAAAAAAUAA